GUGAGGAUCAUCCAUAUUGCUGCUAGUGGUGGAGAUAAGGUUGUAAUCCUGAGAGGCCCUCGGACACGUUUCUUUAUUUUUCUCUAUGUUUUAAUCCGGCGCUGACUCCCUGCGCUUUAGACUGAAGCUCUUUUGGUCUAGGAGCGACAGAGGAGCGCCACACUCCGCGAAACAACUUCACAUUUCCUCACAUUGGAGGCGAAUUCGGGCCGGGGAGAGGACUGGUAAUCCUGAGGGGGGAAGAAAGACGGUGGUGGGAAAUGGCCACUCAGGUGGAGGCUCUCCUGCCCGGCAACCCGCUCGCUAAACCGGAGGAGCAUGGCAAAGUAAUCCGCGGAGGGCCGGAGGAAGAGGAAGGCGGCCGGGGCGAAGGGGCCAAGAGGCAGGCGGCUGUCGCCGAGCAGGGAAGCAGCAGCACCGGGCAGGGAGGGACUCCCAGUACGGAGCAGCAGCAGACCUCCAAAGCGAGCAAAGUGGGCAGUGACAACGACGACAAGCAAAACGAGGAGGCUGUAAAAAGCGGCAGAAAGGAGUUUACUGAAGCUCCUCCGCCCAAGGUGAACCCGUGGACUAAGAAAAUGAACGCGGUGACUGUGGUCAGCGUCAAUGGACAAGCACACCACGAAUCCACCGGCCCUGCGAAAGUGGUGAGAGCAGGGAACCCACCCAAAGCCAGACGUGGAGGAAAGGUGGGAGAUUUUGGUGACACCAACAGCUGGCCCACCCCAGGGGAGAUUGCAACAAAAGACACUCAGAUGGAGGUAGUGACACGGACCGUGUCCUGCCCGCCGACUGUCAGGCAGGUCAAAGACUCAUGGAGAUCCGCUGCUCCUAAAAGAACGACGGUGAAGAAGGAGUCUAAGGAGAAACGGGAGAGCAUCGAGGAAAGUAAAGAGAACCUGAAAGCAAAGUCGGACGAUUCUGGAGAGGAGAAGAACGGUGAUGAUGACUCCCAGAAGAAUGGACCUAAGAAAAAAGGCAACAAGCAGAAGUGGGUUCCACUGAUGAUUGAGGUGAAAUCUGAGGGUCCCAGAGAGCGUUCAGCCUCCAGGAACAACAGCAGGCAGAAUGAAAACCCACGGCUGCCUCCCAAUGCAAGGAACGACCUCAGAGACUGGCACAGUCAGAAAUAUGAGCGGGAGUGGCGCGACGACCAUGACGAGGUGUCGAGCGUGAAGAGUGAGGGGGCACCAUUCCGUGGCGGGUUUAGAGGUCGUGGACGUGGAAGAGGAAGAGGUCGAGGUCGGGGCAGAGGAAGCGGGAGAGGCCACUACGACUACCACUACGGCUACAAGUCUUACGAUGUGAAGGAUGGACCCUACGGCCAGAAGUUUGGCAACUCUGUGACCUACUACUACGACAACAUGAGCAGCAACGACCUUUACUCAGUCGAUCACGACCUGCUGAAGGACUACAUCAAGAGGCAGAUUGAGUACUACUUCAGCCUGGACAACCUGGAACGUGAUUUCUUCCUGAGGAGGAAGAUGGAUCAGGAGGGCUUCCUACCCAUCGGACUCAUUGCCAGCUUCCACAGGGUCCAGGCACUCACCACAGACAUCAACCUCAUCCUGGAUGCUUUGAAGGACAGCAAGGAGGUGGAGAUUAUUGACAUGAAGAUCCGUCGUAAGGUGGAGCCAGAGAAGUGGCCUCUGCCAGGCCUGACGAUGCCAAACCACACCCACACUGACUUCUCUCAACUCAUUAACUGUCCUGAGUUCGUCCCACGACAGAUGGUCGAGGAGCCUACAGGAUCUCCCAGAGCGUCCACCUCAGUGCAACAACAGACCAAGACUGAACCCGACAUUUCCAACCUCAAGACGAUGCCUAAAGGACUGUCUGCCAGCCUCCCAGACCUGGACUCAGAGUCCUGGAUCGAGGUCAAGAAAAGGCCCCGACCGUCCCCAGCCAGACCCAAGGUCAGCACAGAGAAGCAGCAGAAGGAAAAGGAUGACUCACUUCGCUCCCCAGUGCCCCAGUCCGGCCUCUCGCCCUCUCCUGUUACCCCAGUAAAUAAGGAUGGAGAGCAGGACGAACCAGAGGAGCUGGACUUCAUGUUCGACGAGGAGAUGGAGCAGAUGGAUGGACGGCGCAACACCUUCACCGACUGGUCAGACGAGGAAACAGACGGGGAGAUCGACGACCACGAUGUCAACAAGAUCCUGAUCGUGACGCAGACACCACCGUACCUGAGGAAGCACCCAGGUGGCGACCGCACCGGACACCACACAUCACGGGCCAAGCUGACCAAUGAGCUGGCUAAAGUCAUCAACGACGGCCUCUUCUAUUAUGAGCAGGACCUGUGGGACGACACGUAUGAGCCCGAAUACGCCACCAUUAAGCAAGAGGUGGAGAACUUCAAGAAGGUGCACCUGAUCAGCCGCGAGCAGUUUAACUGCCUGACUCCUGAACCCCCCGUUGACCCCAACCAGGAAGUCCCCCCAGGCCCUCCACGGCCACAACAGAUCCCCACAGACGCUUUGGCCAACAAACUGUUUGGUGCCCCUGAACCUUCCUCGACAGCCCGCUCACUCCCAACUACUGUGCCUGACUCGCCCAAUUACCGCAGUGCCCGCACGCCCCGCACGCCACGCACACCUCACCGGAAAGACGCGACCAUGACGCCGCGGUUUUACCCUGUGGUGAAGGAAAGUCGACCAGUCGACGCCAAGACCCCCAGGAAGAGAAAGACCAGACACAGCUCCAACCCGCCCAUGGAGUGUCAUGUUGGCUGGGUGAUGGACUCCAGAGAGCAUCGCUCCCGCACUGCCUCUGUCAGCUCCAACGCCAGCCCCUCAGAGGGCACCCCUGCACUGGGUAACAUCGGCUGCACACCCCAGUCCCUCCCCAAGUUCCAGCACCCAUCCCACGAGCUGCUCAAGGAGAACGGCUUCACGCAACAUGUUUACCACAAGUAUCGCCGGCGCUGCCUAAACGAGCGGAAACGGCUGGGAAUCGGCCAAUCGCAGGAGAUGAACACACUGUUCCGUUUCUGGUCAUUUUUCCUGAGGGAUCACUUCAACAGGAAGAUGUACGAAGAGUUCAGACAGCUAGUGGUGGAGGACGGCAAAGAAGGAUACAGGUACGGUUUGGAGUGUCUGUUCAGGUACUACAGCUACGGUUUAGAGAAGAAGUUCAGACCAGAUAUUUUCAAGGACUUCCAGGAGGAGACUAUGAAGGACUAUGAAUCUGGCCAGCUGUACGGACUCGAGAAGUUCUGGGCGUUCCUUAAAUACUCCAAAGCCAAGACUUUGGAGAUCGACCCCAAGCUGCAGGAGUGCCUGAGCAAGUUCAAGCGCCUGGAGGAUUUCAGAAUUGAUCCACCGAUGGAGGAAGGCCGCAGACGACACUCCUCCAGCGGGGACGGUGGCCGUCGCCGACACCCAUCUCAAAACUCUGGCCGCCCCCAGAGCCAGGCCUCCUCAGGCCCCAGCCACGCCCCCACCGCCACCAAGGAUGAUGCCAAACCCUCCUCCCAGAAAAGCGCCUCCGCUGUUGCUGCUGCUCCUCACCCCGCACCAGACGCCAAGACACUGAAGUAGCUCCACACGCCAACGCAGCUACGGAUCAAAUCAAAUCACGUCUGCAAGUCACCACCACCACUGGUUUUCCACGGGUGCAGGGGGGAGGGGGCUGCAUUGACUUUUUUUUUUUUUUUCCAUUCAACAGCAGCAAGAAGCAAGUUUUUUUUUUUUUUUUUUUUUUCAAGUAUUUGGAAGACUUUUUUUGUUUUUUGGGUCUAUGAGGCAAACAUCAAAUAUAUGAAAAGGGUGUCAUUGUUUUAAAACCCACAGGAUAGAGAUGGUCAUUCUGGAUUUUCUUUUAGGUAUUUAAUAUAUUUUUGUUACUGUGCUGACCCCUUCCCCCCCCCUUUACCAGGCCCCCUCUUUGAGCUGGAUGAACAAUCGAUUCCUCGCCCUAGCCUUUCAGAUUAGUAUGAUUUCAUCGGCACAUGGUGGAAUUGGAGCAAGUCUGUAAAGCCUCGCCUUUACAUCCAAACGGACCAAAAGUGGUUUGAACUGAGCGACGGAGAUUUCUGAGAUAUCUGCAGAACCCCCUCACCCCCCUUCCCCCUGAAAAAUUUAAAAUUUACUUAACAGCGGGACACUAAGGGGGGAUAAAAAAAAAAAAAACAGAACCAAAUGUGUGGAGAGAAAAAGACCUCAGUAUGGACACUAUCAUUAAAAGUUGCCUUAUUUUAAUGGUUGUACUGCUUCGAACAUGUGCCCGCCACCUUAUUGUACAGCAUUGAAAUCACAACAUUAUAUAUAUCCAGUCACAGAGGCCGCUAGGUGGCGCUGCGUCUGCCAAAACUGUUCUCACAACUCCGCCCCCUUCCAUCACCUUUACUCCCGUCUUCCAAGCGGCAUCCGGUCUGUUACAAGUCCAGUGAUUCUUCCCUUCAUCCCUGUGUUUUUGCAAGUUGUGGCUUUUUGUGCUAAAACGCUGGAAUUUCAUCACCUCACCCCCAGCUAAAACAAACAAAAAACAAAAACACUCAAAGGGGGCAGAGAGUCGGGAAGGGAGCGAACUCCUCUUGACUUAUGUUGCCCCCUCCCCCCCUCCACCUUCCGCUCAUCCAUCCGAUCGACAUCCAUCCAAACGUCAGACAUCACUCAGUGACGUCACGCAGGACUGGAAUCAUCAAAUCUGGAUUAACUUGAAGAGCGAUGGUUUGUUCGAGGAGGACGAGCCGUCGCCCUCUUUGUCGCAAGGUGCUCUCUGGGUGGAAACGGGGGCCGUAGCUGGAUAGGGAGGGGUUUGUUGGACAUUAUGGUGAAGGCCAACCCCUCCCCCUGCACACACACACACACACACACACACACACACACACACACACACACACACAUCUGCUGAAGCACCUUUUCCAACACACUUUUUGUGUGUCGGUGUGGGUGGACUCGAUGGAAAACACAAGCGGCACACAGCUCGACGUCUCACCUCGCUGUGGACGAAUCCGUUCAGGAUCGCUUGCUUCCGUUUCUCUCCCUGUAACUCUAAUAAUCUCGUGGAUCUUUGUCUGCCUCAACGAUAUCAAGUAGAAGAGGAAUGGAUUUUUCCUCCACUAAUGUAAAUGUGAAUUUGACAGAUGAAGAGAAUUGAUUUCAACUCCCUGUUCCUGCUUGUUUUACUGUUCAUAGGACAGAUUAUAAAUUUGCCUUACAUAUGUAUGUAUUCUUUAACCUUUUUUUUUUAAUGGUCUCAUGAUUAUCUGUUAAUGCUUUUUAAUUUCCAUUUGCAGUGUUUCUAGCAUUGUUAUUGUUAUGGUGGUCGGUGGGGUGGGAUCAUCUGUCACGGUGUUGUCAGAAACAAAAACCACAUUUGUGGAAUUUUCACGAAUCGGGAACAUUGUUCACAACACAAAAGGGAAUGUUUGACAUCAGGGUUUUCAGUUGGAAUCACAAUAAUUUACUACACUUUUUUUUUUUUUUUGGACUAAAGAUAUUUGCCAAGAAACACAAAUGUGAGUUGAACUAAUUCUAAAUGAAACGUUCUGCCAGUUAAAGAGUGUUCAUAGUUUGGGAAUAAAUUCUACUUUAACACCAAGAUAAAAUAUCCUUCAGUCUUAAUACAUUUGUGGAUAUUCUGUAGCUUCCAUAAAAAUUUUCUCUCUGGAUUGAAGAACUCUUGCUGUCAAACAGUUUAAUCACAUCUCAUUGAAAGUUGUCAAAUGAAUAGGCUCAAGAAAAUGCCUAAAAUGUAUCUUUCUUGGUCCAUUUUUUUUUUUUUUGUAAAACUCAGCAGGUGGAUGUUGAACAGUCCUGUCAGUGUUUUUUUUCUUCCUUAGAAUGGAUGGGGAAAAAUGUUUGCAAAGCUGUAACUGCUCUUUUUUUCCCCUUUUAUGUCUUGUUGGUUUCACUUCAGGGAGAUCUGGGUCAAUUUCAGAGGUUGAUGUAAUCAAUUGUUUACGAGGUUAAAAGACAAAAAAACACGAGCUACAGAAUAUAUAGAAGAAGAUUCCCCACAGCAGUGACUGGUUUGAGGAGCUGCUGUGGGGCUGCGGAUACAGCAGAUGGCCACCAGGGGGCCCUCUUCCAGUCUCCCCUCCCAAAUGUGAUGAUCAUCUGCUUCUCCCUUGGCUUUGGGGAGGUUUUUGGGUGGUUUGGGAGUUUUCAAAAAGCACCAGAACUGCUGCUAGCUCUCCAAACAAACUCUAGAGGGCGCUGCUGCACCCUGCGCUCUGUCAGUUUGACACGGACUAUCCAGGCCUGAAGGCCGGACAGAUGAACGACGGAUGUGGAAAAGGAAAAAAAGAACCCAACUGGGGUUUGUGAUGCCGCUCUGAGGUUAAUAUGGCUGGUUCUGAUGUCUGGAGACUGAAAUA